GAGGCCCGGGCUGCUGCUGCUGCUGCUGCUGCUGGAGGAGCAGGAGGAGGAGGAGGAGGGUGCAGGGGAGGGGUGGGGGGUGGACAUGCAGGGGAACUGUUUGCAUUUCGGGGAAAGACGCAUCUCUCCUGUCCAGAGCAGCUGAGGAGGAUCCCACUGCGACAGGAGGAAAAAAACAAACAAAAAAAACCCCCCAAAAACACCGAGAGGGAAAAAUAAACAAAUCACACCAUAACGCAUGUUUGGACGCUCUGGAGGUGGGACACUCAGAAAUGAUGCGUAGGAGGUGCAGCGUUGGGCCGUACUGAUGGAUGUGUUAGCAGACAGCGGUCUCACAUUGARUGUGAAGACUUCAGAAGCGGGGAAUGCAAACGUGGAAAAUGCAGGGGUAUGUGAGCAGAGUGGUGAUCUGAGUCUGUGCAGGCUUGUCAAUGCUGCUGCCUCCUCACCUCCUCCUGCUGCAGAGACUUCACAACAGGCCUGCCCAACACACCAGAAGACCACUCCUACGCCGCCGUCCCUCCCCCUGGCCCUCGGCACUGACCCCUCUCUGAGUCUAACUGUGGUCCCCUGCCCUCCAUCCAACGAUGUUUCAUCUAUAGUCCCCAACCUUCAACGUGCACCCACAACACUCCCCAACUCGGCUGUAUGCUCCUGGGGCCCAACAGGAGACACACAGAAAACAUCCCCCACACUGGCUAUCACCCUCCCUCUGUCAGCUGCAAUGAUGGAACCUGGCACGGUGUCCACACUGACGGAGGAGUGUCUCCUUCAGCCUGCCCGAACCUGCCUCGGUUGCUUUAUUGAAACCCGUGAUGCUUCUGACCCUAAUUCCAUCCAGAACCCACCCCAUGACCCCAACAACAACUCUGACACAGACCCCGGGCUGAGCGUUCGGAUAGGGGAUGUGAGUCGAGAGGAUUUUUCUGACAUCAACAACAUCAGCAUUCAGUGCCUGAGCCACGCAGGGGAGGCAGUAAGUCACUACGGGGAGCAGCUUCUCUCUGACCAGCUGCUUAGCUUUCCCCUGCCGAAAGCCCCGAGUGAGGGCAAAAGAGCAGACGGAACCAAAACAACGGAGGACUGUGAUGACCCAGAAGAUGAAGCGACAGCUAAGAACUUGUAUGAGGGGCUGUUACUGGACAAAGUCAGCGGAGAGGAGGUCCUGCUGGCAAAUGCUAGCCAGGACUGGGGCUACUUUGAGUCUUUCAUCAGCGAGAGUAAGAUGGAACUGUUGGACCUUUGCUCUAAGAAUGAACUUUCGGUCAACCUGUUCUCUGAAGAGGACGUUGACAACCUCUUCGACGACGAGGACGACGACUCGACACUAAGCAGCGACGUCUGCUCGCUUAAGAUUCGCUACGAGUCGUUCCAGGACAACAUGCGGGAAAAAACAAACGUGCUCCAGGAGGAGACACAGUUCAACUUCUUCCCCAGCCUCCUGGCCAACUGUGCCAAAAAAGAGGAAGGAGCGCCAGUCUUGAGGAAGGGUGCUGAGGAGAUGCAGCCCAAAACGGAGGAGCUCAUUGGGGAGACAGCGCAGGAAGAGAAAGGUGGGGAGUGCAGUGGCAGGAGCCCGCUUGGUGGCUCUCAAGGCUCCCCUAUGUCCACCUCCAAGGUCAGCUACCUAAUAGACUUUAACUCCACUGAGGAGUCAGGAGAGUUCAGCGACGACAGCUCCUGCACUGGCUCCUCCUUGGACACCCUGCAGGACAGCAAGUUUAAAAAGGGUCACUCAAAGAGAUUUCUCAGCCCCUCGAACCCUCUCAACUACGGCCUGCGCUCCAAGAGAAAGGUUCGAUACAGCGACGACUACUUGUACGAUGUUGAUUCUCUUGAAAGCGAAAAGAAUGCUGAGAAAAAAGAGAAAGCUCCCGCUGGUCAGAAAGAGGAGGAAGAUGUGGACUGGUGCCCCAAAAAACGCCGAAAAUCCUGUCGGAAAGAGCCGCCCGURGUCAUUAAGUACAUCAUCAUCAACAGGUUUAAAGGAGAGAGACUCAUGUCGGUGAAACUGGGCAAGCUGAACCCUGCGGAUGCGACUGUAAGCUUAAAUGCCGAAACAGUGAGCAAAUAUGAGACACUGGCUCCUCUGAAGGAUUUCUGGCAGGAGAAGCAAAGAGAGAGACAGGAGCAGCUUAAGCUGGUUGCCAGAGAUAAACAACAACGCGGUUUUCAUCUAAACGGACGCCAUCAUCGGCUCUUUAAUUCUAGUCAUCCCAAAAGGAAAUACAAGAUUGCAAACAGGCUUAAAGUUCAGAGAAUUCAAACUGUGGAGCAAUCAGUAACAACACAGGGUUCCUUUCUCUCUGAUCAGGGCCACACAGGUAUCACUAAAGAGGACCCCACCCCCACUGUAGAGGAAAUAAUAGCAGCCCCAGGCCUCCCAGUCACAUUAGACACAAGCUCCAUCACGCACACAAUCGCAACCAAGAGUCGCUCCCAGGAGCGGGCGGAGAGGGAGGGGAGAAGAUUGGGAGGAAAUAAAACAGUCAGGAUAAGGAAAUUCAAAAGUGAAGCCAGGCUGAGGAGCAAGAAAAUGAAAGAGGCAGAAGGGGAAGAGGGGAGGAGUGUGACAAAUGAAACUGAUGCCUGUGUCAGUGCAGCACAGAUUGAGGACUCCACUGCUGGGUUAGAACAGGCAGGCAUUAGUUCAACUACAGUCAAACCCCAUUUCUCCGACAGUAACGCCACAGCUAACGCAUCAGAGGAGAAAUUUCCUUUCGCUUCAUCCACCUGCUCUCCUGACAAAGCGGCCUCCUCCGAUGAGGUGGAGACGAGCGUGCCCGUCAUCCCGGGGGGCUACCUGCAGACCCUGUUAGAUGCCACCGACUCCUCUGGUGGAACAGCUAUCUCCUACUUCCCCCAGCAGUCCUCUCGGCAGCAGUAUUCUCUGGGGCUGUCCCUGGAGGAGAAGCAGUUUUCCUCUCUGCAGCUUGCUCAGAGCUGCGUCCUCUCACCUCCGUCUGAGUCGGAGCUCCAGCAGUCUCCCCAGAACUGCCCCAGCUUCCCGCAGAUGUGGCACCCACAACUGUGUGCGAAUCACAACCAGAGCUUUGGGCCUGAGACCCCUGAGACUCCUAUCUUACCCAACAACUUUCCUGCUGCUGUGCCCCUGAAUGACAACCUGCCAGUGUCUAACUACAGCCAGCUGAGCCCUGAGGCUGACAGGCUGCUMUAUGAGAAGAGCUACCUGACUGAGGCGGGGCUGCAGCCUGGGGCAGAUCUGCAAGUGUGUCAGUCUGCUUGUGUGGAGGGCCAGGUGCAAUACCAAAGAGGGUCCCUGUGCACAGACAAUGGGAGGCUCAUCAGCUAUGACUCAGUGGGCUCUCUGUCAGCCUCCUCCAGCAAUUACAGCUCCCUCAGCCUCAAGUCUUGUGAGCGGGAGGGUGAGGAGGAGGGCCGAGACAGCUUCUUAGCUCAUUGCAGUCCUAAAGUGGUGAUUCAGCAAAGUGUGGAUGCCCUUACCCCACUCAGGGAGUCCUCAGACCUGCUGGAUAUCUCCAACUUCACUCCUGACAAGUUCAGACACUCGUCACUGUCAGAGCUUUCCCCUCCUGAGACCCCCAAUUUGUCCCCCCAGGUGGUGGGGCGUGAAAUGAAGAUGGCAGGCAACGUUGGAGAGUACCAGGAUGUGAACGACAUGACUAUAGACUGCAACAGGGAGGUAAAGUGGAACUGUGAUGCCAUACAGCAACAGGAGCGCACCACAAAUGCAUACACAGUGGAGGACAGCCAGUUUCCCAUGCACAACUUCAGCAGUCAGGAAGUCAUAGGUUUAGAUAAAAAGGAGCUGGGCGUUACUGAGUUUGAUGAACAGACGGGUGCAAAAAACAUAAAGUCAAAGAGGAAAGGCAACUGCAAACAGACAACUGCAGGACAGAGCCCAAAGAAAGUCCGAGCUCCCAGAGCUCCCAAGUCUGAAAAYGUCAAGACGCCCAAACAGAACUCUCGGUCGACCAAAAAAAUAAAGGCCAUGUUAGAGGGCAAGGCWGCAAAGAACCAAGCAGGUGGCACAGGCCUGACUGACAGUAGCAGCUCUGGGGACUGGCCUGGCACCGGCUGGUCAGAGCGCAACAGCCUGGUAGGAGAUGACCAGCGGGAAUUUGAGGAACCCUCCAACAUUUUAUCCAACAUCGUCUCAGGCAUGGCCGAGGUCCAGAGGUUCAUGAUGGCCUCCAUCGAGCCACUGUGGAAUCCCAUGUCUGAGGCUUGCAUGCCCUCCGAGGCCAACAGCCUCAACUUAAAGACCCUCAAAAUCUUGGCUGGAACGGAGGCGGACCUGAAGAAGAAAGGAGCGGUGCUAACGGGGGCUGGCAGAGGCAGGAAGGCGGGGGGCAAAGGAGGCAAAAACCAGGCCAAAUUCAACCCGUCUCACCCCUUGUUCCCUCAGUUAGCACUGGGCUGCAACAUGUUCGAUAAACCCAGCUUUAUWAACCCCGGGCCUGCGCACAAAAAGCUGUACCGCCACAAGACGAGUGCAAAGUUCCCUCGGAUUGAGACACUSAAGGGGAAACGAGCUGAGAGAGACCCAAAUAAGGACAUAGCACUGAUGACCUCUUUUGAGAAACUGAGAAUAUGGAUGUCCUGUUGUUGCUGUUCUUCAUACACUGCCUGGCUCAUUUUCAAGAGGGAAGCCUUCACUUAAUGAGCCCUAUUUAAGCCCAAGACGUCUUUAAAACACAAAAAGAUGGGACCAUUUUGUAUUGUUGACAUAUCAGACCUUGUCUCUUUUUUUUUUCCUUUUUUAACCCUCAAAGUUGGAAUGAAUCCUCAUUUCCUUUUACUGAGCGUUUCUUUUACUUGUGGAGUUUAAGAGGAACUGGUUAUCUAAAUUUACAUUUUUACGCCUUGCAAAUUCAUAAAAGCUCCACCCUCAGAGUAUUUUUGUCAAUGUUGUUGUACAGGGACAUGCAAUAUUUGCAAAAAAUAAAGAAAAAAAAGAAAAAAAAUAUGGUUAUAAUUUAAAAAUCAAUGUGCCAAAAGUAACAAGGCUGUGUAAAUGACCUCUUAUAUAUGUGUGAAUAUUGGCUGUUCCUCUUUUUCUAUCCAUUGGAAUAUUGGCUGCUCGGGUUGGAGGCUCCUCGCAGAGACUUGCAACUACAGGAAUUCUUCAUUUGAGACUUUUUCCUCUCUCUUCUCUCUCUCUCUCUCUCCUCCGAUGAAAGGCACCAACAGCUGGCAGUGGUACGCCACCACUCAUGAAACCAAAUCGUAAAAAAAAGACUCUGAAUUUGCCUUGUUUUUGUUUUUUGUUUUUUUCCUUUCCUUUUUUUUCUUUUUAKCCCCUACUUUGUUUGCCAAAUUCGAUUUACCUCAACAUCACCUGGCACUGAGAAGCAACAAAAGAGAGGCAAAGGGGAGAGCUGCUCUGAAGGCCACUGCAAAGGACGGAGAUWAAAAAAAAAAGAUGUUCAAAUGAGCCCUCUCUGGACCAGUUAGUGCAGAUGUAAGCAAAGAAACGACUUGCUGUUUUUUUGGGGGGGCUGCACCACACUGAAUAGCUGUUUGUACUGGAAAUUUACGGCAGAUUACGGCUCAUAGAGAUUCUGAUGCAUGCAUCAGUGGUGAAUAGACAUGUUUUUGCAGUUAUUGUGAAUGUGAAAGCAGUUUUCAGUACAAAUGGAYUCAGUAGUCUUGUAAAUGAAAGGAAAGCAUGUCUUUGCAUUUGCUCCAUAUGAAAAUUUUUAUCUUACAAAAAAAUGCUCAUUUAAACGGAAACUUUAACUCACAUUCUCAUAAUUUUUAUUUKUUUACACUGCCUUACUUUAUGAGUUGCACAUCCUCGUCUUUUAUCAUCUGAUUAUGUCAAAAACCUUAUUUUUGUUGUUGUUUACAGUGUUCUUAUGUUUUAUUUUAUUUCUAAAGGUAUAUCUGUCACUUCAGGGUCUGUAUUCUGACRGAAUAUAUUGCGACCUGCAAUUCAAAACCAUAAUUUAACAACAACAAAACAUUUUGUUUUUAACUUCCUCAUUUCUAUCUGUUAAUUUGGGCUCAUUCUCUACCUCAGAGCACUGAAAAGAAGAAAAAAAAAACAUCUAGAAAUGAACCUUAAAAUAGACUAUACAAUCAUAUUUAAUCAGUUAUAAAAUCUUUAGAUAGUUUAAAGGAGCCAAUCACACAGAUACGGAACAAUAAGCAGAUAUUUUCACUCUUGURCCAGCAGAAUAAAUGACACGAGGCUGCGUGGACAAAUUGAUUGAUCUGAAAGCAAGCCUUGUCACAAUGGAUAUGACGAUUCUGACGUGCAGGUUGUACUAAUUGAUUGCUUGCAUAUUGGCAAGAAUCCUAAUCAAUCUCUCUGUGUCUUAUUCGUGUCUCGUCUCUGCCAUGAUGCUUUUCGUUUUACCUUCUCUUAAGUGUUAUCAGGGUUAGGACCAAGACAAGCUGCUGAUGGGAAGCUCCACAUUGGGCCUCGGGCCCAUUUAGUCUGCCUUCUCUCAUUUCUGCCUAUUGUCAAAUUGAAUGUACUUCUCUUGAGUUCCUUUGCUUUUAAUUUGAAUGACUUUGUUUCUAAAAUGUGCCACUGUUGAGCUGCCUCAUGUUAAUGGUGCUAAGGAAGCUGACAAAUCUUUUUUCUUAAUGGUUUGAUUUUUUUUUUCAUUUCUCUGUUUUUGUUCUUUAUUUUACCCAGAGUUAACAAAAAAGGAUUAAAAAAAGAAAUGCAAAAUAGAUUAGGUACCUAACCCUUUUUAUGAAUGUAUAUUAAAAUGUUAUGUUUGAUGUAUUCACUUCAUGAUUCUUUGACACUGAUUGGAAUUACUUUUGCUCUUUUCAUUAAAAGAUUACCGAGCUUUAUAUAUACUGUCUAGAGUUGUUACCAGAAAGAAUCUUAAUGAACUCUUGACACGACAAAAAUCUUGUAUAUUUUUUGUGUGCCAAUUUGUAACAUAUUUUGUAAGUGUAUAUUUUUCUUAGAAAGUGCUGUGAAGUAUUUGUGUGUGUGUGUGUGAGUAACCUUUUAUGCCCCUCCGUGGGCUGUGGAAAAGGAUAUGCGACGGCGACGACGACAACGACGAGUUCCUGGUUUUAAAAACCAAAAUAUGAAAGUAUUGACAGAAAAACUAGAACUAUUUACAUUUCGUUGGGAGUUUUGUAAUAAGAUCAUGAUCUUGUUGUGAGAGUGUUGUGUUACUGUGCAAAACACAAAUAAGCAAAGAAAAAAAGCGAAAAGUCAAGGAAAAAAAUAUAAUUUGUGAACAAUUUGCUGUUUUAUAGAUUUUCAUGUAAAUUAUUUGAGUAUUAUUUUGAUUUUUAUUUUAGUUUGUUUUUUAUUUUGUUUUUGUUUUGUUGUAAUUGUUGCAAAGGUUUUAAAUAUUUGUGAUCAAGCCUGUAUGGUGAUAAUGUAAUAUUGGUAACUUGCUGAGUUUUGUAAUAAUGUUUAUGGAGUAAAUAUACAAAUUAAAAUAAGAUUUUGAAUGCUGCUUU